AUGAUUUUUAAAAUUGCGAGCAUGUGGAUAGGACUCCUACUAUGCGCGGGCGCUGUGCUUGUGGCCAACGCCUCGCCCCACGCCGCCGAUAUAGAACAACUCAUUGGAGAUAAGAAGUUCAUCGGUAGGAUCUCGGAUAACAUUUCCGAAGAUGCUAGAAUGGAUGUGCCUGACCUGGUCGCGAAGUACCGCUAUCCCCUGGAAGUUCACAAUGUCGUAACCAGGGACGGUUACAUCCUCACCAUGCAUCGCAUCCCUCACGGGCGCGACCAGAACAAUAACCCGAACGUCAAGAAACCCGUUAUCUUCCUGAUGCAUGGCCUGCUGUCUUCUUCUGCUGACUGGGUUUUGAUGGGACCUGGUUGUGCGUUUGGGUAUAUCCUGGCUGAAGCCGGUUAUGACGUCUGGAUGGGCAACGCCCGUGGCAAUUACUACUCCCGGCAGCACCUCCGUCUGCGCCCUGAUGCCCUGUUAAAUACCGACUUCUGGGAAUUCUCAUGGGAUGAAAUAGGAAAUAUCGACUUGCCCAUCAUGAUCGAUUAUACCUUAAAAACCACUGGCCAGGAGAGGCUUCACUAUAUCGGACAUUCCCAAGGAACUACUGCGUUCUUCGUUAUGGCUUCGCUCCGGCCAGAGUAUAAUCAGAAAAUUAUUUCCAUGCACGCUAUGGCCCCGGUAGCGUACUUGGCAAAUAGUGCAAGUUUGCUGCUAAGAGCUAUUGCUCAGUUCUCAAGCCCUCUUGAUAGCCUGGCUCGCCUUAUCGGUAUGGGUGAAUUCCUGCCUAACAAUGCGAUCAUGACUUGGGCCGGCCACGCGCUGUGCAUGGAUGAGGUCUCUAUCCAGCAGAUCUGCAGCAACAUCUUGUUCCUCGUUGGAGGCUGGAACGAGGCUCAACAUAAUAGGACAAUGCUUCCAGUCAAGCUCGGUCACACUCCCGCAGGUGCUUCCGUAAGGCAAUUCGUUCAUUACGGUCAAAGUAUAGCAGACAAGACAUUCAAGCGUUUCGACCACGGCAGAUUGAAGAACAGGAGAGUAUACGGAAGCUACAGGGCGCCUGCUUAUGACCUGUCCAAGAUCACAGUACCGGUGUUCCUCCACUACUCCGCUUCUGAUCCGUUGGCGCACGUCAACGAUGUCGAUAGGCUCUUUAGGGAACUCGGCAGACCUGUAGGAAAGUUUCGGAUCAGUGACCGCAGCUUUAGCCAUUUGGACUUCUUGUGGGGAGUCGAUGCGAAGCCACUCCUAUUUGAUCGAAUUAUAAACCUUGUCCAGGCUAUGGAUGUGAAUGGUUUCGAUGACGUUUCGGAUCUGAGGAUUUAGUAAAACAUUUACGACGUCUGGCAAUUGAUAAACUUGGCAUGGAAAUAAAUAAAUGAUUUUUAACGUAGGUAGUACCUAAUCCAUGACGGUGAUUUGUGAUACAUAUUUUGUUCAGAUAUUUAUUUAUCGAAAUCAAGUAGGUACCUAUUACUUGAUCGUGAUCAAUGGUAAGUGGGGAUAGAAAGGAUCUGAAAAUGGGUAUUACUUGAAUCAGUUAAUUACAGGACUGAUUCAUUAUCAUAAUAUUCCGAUCAUUAGUUACUUACAUUAUCCUCUUUAUAGAAUAAAUUAUCUAUGUAGGUAUGCUUAGCAGAAUCAUUGUUAUGUGCAAUAGUUACCUAUGUUAUUAAAGUUGACUUCAGUAUU